AAAACAAAAAAAACAUCAACAGCAGCACCACAUUUCUAUUAUUAUAAUCUACAAUGCAGAAUUUAUUUUUGGUUAUAAAUAGAUGCAUUGGAUAGAGAACAUAAACGCAUUGCACGGAUAUCCGACUCUGUGAUUGCACCUGGGUGUGUGUCUGUGAGGGAGACGGUGAGGAGGGUGAGACAGGCCCUUUGCAGCGGGGGGUUGGGUGGCGGUGCCGAUUGGUCGCUGUGCUCACCAACAUAGGCAGUCUGGGCUUGUUUUAUCAUUACCGGGGGGGCACUCCGACAGCAGGCUCAAAUCAUGGUGUUAAAAUAAUAUAAAUAGAUGAUUGAGGAUUGAUAGUGACACGCCGGUUUUCCUCGCACUUGAUGUGCUCGCAAAUAUAAAUGUUCUAGUGCUUAUUUUUUGCAUUUAAAGUGACAGUUUUCAUCAGGGCCGCCGCUGAUGAGGCUGUGAUGAAGGGGAGAGAAUGAGAGCUGCGCUCUGGCCUAGCGCUGCUGCAGCUGGGAGUGUGCAGAUCUGCCUCCACAAACCGAGGAAAAUAGCCGCUUUAAGCGCAACAACGACAGAUUCGCUGUCGGUUUCACGGUGACCGACGUCCAAAUGGAAAGAGCCAUGACAACAUGAAUCAGUCUUACAGACGGGCUGUUAGGGGAGGCUCCGUGUUCGGCUCGGGUCAGCCAGAGCUACGGCCCCCCAAUGGCCUCACCACUACUUCCUAUGGAAACCAAUGUGGCAGUCGAAGGCGCAGGUCGGGCCAACCGCCAGCCAUGCAACUGCCAUCCUCCAGCAUCAAAGCAGCACCUGUCCCGGGCUACAGCCCCCCCGACCGACCUCAUUGUUUCAGCAGCCCGCUGCGGAGCCUGCAGGACCUCAACAGUCUGGUGAGCAGGGGGUCCGACCUGGGCGGGCCCCCCAUGGACGUCCGCGCCAGGACGCACCGGCACUCACCGAGCCCCAUCAGCAACGAGGAAGACGAGGAGGAGGAGGAGGAUGACGAUGACGAUGAGUUUGAGGCGCCGUCCGUCCAUCUUCCGCCGUCGCCAGGCGCCGUCCAGACGGACGCCUUCGAGGCGAUCCCGGAGCUGGACAAAAACGGGUUCCCUCCCCACAGCCCCGACAGCAUGGACCGCUGCUCCCCGCUGCCGAACGGCUACCUCCACUUUGAGUCCACGCUGUUCGACGGCGGAGACCUCAAGGCGGAGGAGCGGGGGGGCGGCGGUAAGAAGGAGGGCCUCUCCUCCUUCCACUCCUUUUCCCCCAGACCGGGUCUCCACCGCGGCCCGUCGGACCGCAAGACGGCCCCGGCCAGCUCAGGGUCGGACAAACAGAGCGUGUACAAACCGGGCGUCCUCAACCUCAUGGCCCAGACCAUUUCUGAACUCAACCCUACACUAAGCCCCAGCGCGCUGCCCGAGAUCAGUAUGGGAGAGGACUCGAGUGCGGGGGAGAACUCUGACAGCGACGCGGAGCUGUCCUUCAGCCCCGACCACGGGCUGGUCUCGCCGUCCGGCACCAACUCCAACUCAAACAGCCCCAAGAAGAAGCUUCUGUCGGCGGUGAAGUAUCUGAACGGAGACCUGGUCUGGGCUAAGUUCAACCGCCGUCCCUGGUGGCCCUGCCAGAUCGCAUCCGACACGCCGCAGGGGGUUCACACUAAAAUGAAAGCACCGAGCCAUCGUCCGUGCCGCUUGUAUUUCCUGGAGACGAUCGGUGAGAUAGCGGAGCGGGCCUGGGUCCCGGGGAAGGCCAUUCUUCCUUUCCAGGGAGGCCACCAGUUCAACGAGCUCCCGGUGCUCCGACGGAGAGGGAAGCAGAAGGAGAAAGACUACAAGUAUACGAUUCCCAAGAGUUUACUGACGGCGUGGAAGGUCAGUGUGACCGAAGCGGAGCGCUUAGGUCCCGGUCUCCGAGCGGGUGCGGACGACGUGCUGGACGUGCCCCUCAACGGGGAGGUCGUCGACCCGCUCCAGGGUCCGGACCCGACCGAGACCCCCCCGACUGAGGCCCACCGGCCGCUGUCCCCGGGCCCCGUCGGGCCCGCGUCGCCCGCCGCGACCCCCAACGGCACGGUGCCCCCUCCCUCCACUGUGCACCCCCCUGUUAGCUCCACUGUACACCCCACUGUAAACUCUACCGCCAACCAAGGCUUCCAAAAGAAGGCCUGUCGGAAGAAGAAGAAAUGCCUGUCGGACAUAUUCGGCCACAUCGUGGGGGGGUUGAAGGACUCCCCCACGAUCCUGGACCUGGUCAGCCCGCUACCCAAAGCCCCGGACCCCGUCAGAGAGUCCCAGGACUCCCCCUACGCCGACCUGGACUCUGUCCCCAUGCUGAGUCGUCCCAAACGGACAGAGGGGUUUCCCACGCCGGAGACCCAGAGAGGCUCCAAAGCGGUCAAAAAGGAACCGGGUGCAACGCCGGGGAAGGACGGCGGUGUGGAGGACACGAGCUCGCCGCCCGAGACGGCCGUGAACUCUGCCAAGGCCGCCAGAACCUCCGCAAACAAAUCGGUUUGCCAUGAGAAACGGUUAAGUCAUUUAAAGUCCAACGCGGAUUUGGACGGCUGUAAAAACGUACAAGACGGUUCUCUGGACCAGCACUCCCUGCACCUGCCCGCCAGCAGUCGGCUGAUGACCACAGCGCUGAAGGCCGAGGAGGAGACGGGACUCAAGGACGCCCCGGCGACGGGCCACACCUCCACGAAGAGCCACAACAACGAGGGGGACGACAAGAACGAUGAAGGCGACGGCGACGGCGUGCUCAGCGACGCCGAGGCGGGGGCAGACCAGGUGUCGUCCUCCACCGGCCACAGCUCCCCCAAACGCCGCGCAAGGAAGCCCGACAAGAAGCGCGUCUGCAACGGCUCGCUGCCCAAGUCCCCGUCCCGGGGGUCCCGAGCGCUCGCCCUCGUGCCCCCGGCCAAGAUCAAGACGGAGAACGUGGCGUCGGACCUGUCGGCCGGCUCCUCCCCCCCCUCCUCGCUCUCCCCGUUGGACGCCUUCCAGGAGGGCAAGGAGCUGACCUUCAAGUCUCUGGUGAAGGAGGAGGAGGGGGGGGGCAGCGAGGACGGCGACCAGAGCGCCUUCCAGCCGGACGCCAACUACAUGUUCAGCACCUUCCUCAUGCGGCUGAAGGACCGGCACGACACCCGCGAGCUGGAGGGCAGGCCGCUGGUGGUGCCCCGGCCCCCCGUCCUCAUCAAGGAGGAGCCCCUGGUCAUCCCCACCGCCCCGGGGGGUCCGAACCCACUACUGAAGGGCUCCGGCGCCGGCCCCCACCUGGGGGGCCGCAGCUCAGGGAUCAAGGUGGAGAACGGCUGGCCGGGGAAGCCCCCCCCGCUGCAGAACGCCAACGCCACGGCGGCCAAGCCCAAGAAGAAGACCAAGGCCAUCAUGAAAAACGACGCCUACAAAUGUGAAGCGCUGCCGCUCCUCUCGCCGGCCGCCGGCGCCGACCGGCAGCGCAGGAAGCAGCGGAUCCCCGCCAAGCUGAAGGUCAGCAUCCCGGGGCUGUCCCCGGACCUGGCGGACAUGGCGUACGGCCGGGAGUUCGUCAGCGGGCACGCCGACCUGGCGGAGCCCGGGUCCCGGGCGUCCCCGCCGGCCGCCGCCGCCCCCCCCGCCGCCCCCGGCCACCCCGGCAUGAGCUGCGAAUCCAAAGUGGCGCCCAAGAAGCGCUGGCAGCUGGCGGAGGGCCUGGCAGAGCGGGGCGGCGGGGGCGGGGGCGGGGGCGGGCCCGGGCCCGCGGGGGGGCGGCCGGGCGGCCAGGUCAACGGGGGGGUGUGCACGGACAGCGCCGGGUUCAGCCCGGGCUCCCCCCAGGUCACGCUGGGCGACGGCAACCUGUCGGAGGACUGCUCCAACGUCUCGGAUUCCAGCGACAAGCGUCUGCGCAGACCCAGUAAGAGACUCCUGGAGGCCAGCGACGAGCGCGAACCAAUAACGUCCCCAAAGAAGAAAUCAAAGAGGAACGCUGAACCCUCCAGAAUGACCAGCGAAGCAGACAGCAGCCCGGAGACCCCCAGUCCGGCGGCGGACCCCCCCUGUCCCCGCACUCCGACCGUGACCUCAUCCUCCAGCCCGGGCUCCGUCCCCCCCCACGCCAGGGGCCGCCUGGAGGAGGACUGCGCCCCCCGGCCGCCCUCCUCCUCCUCCUCCCCCCCCUCCUCCCCUGAGGCGGGCGAGGGCCCCGAUCUACCUCCAGACCCCUCGUCAGCGUCCCAAGAGAGGAAAAGGCCAAGGAAACUCUCCCAGCGGAUCCUGGAAUGCACCAUAGAAGAAGUGUCUCUCGCUCCCGCCAACAAGAAGGAGGCCAAGAGACUCUGUGGGAUUACCUCAGAGGAGAAGAAGACCGCCGCAGACACUCAGGACGACCUCAUGAAGAAAGAGCCGGUCGUCCCGAGCAUCGCCAGCCCCCCCAGCCCCGCCGCCAGCCCCCCAGGACCCGGGGGCCCGCCGGGGGUCUUCCUCCCGGCCGAGCCUUCCCCACCGACCGGGUCCAGGACGCCCAAGAUGGAGGGGGAGGGCUGCGGCUCGGAGGCGGGGCCAACCCUGGCCAAUGGGACGCUUGCUACCAAACCCCAGGGGCCGAGUCCCGGGGUGAACCACAGCUUCCACGCGGACGUGAAGGGACGAGCGGGCGCCACCACUCUGAAGGAGAACGUGUGCCAGAUGUGUGAGCGGACCGGGGAGCUGGUGCUGUGUGAAGGCCAGUGCUACGGAGCCUUCCAUCCGCAGUGUCUGGGCUUGGCCGUCGCUCCCAAGAGGAAGUUCAUGUGUCGUGAAUGCAGCUCAGGUGAGCACGCGUGCUACGUGUGCAAGAAGCCGGGCAGCGGCGUGAAGCGCUGCGUGGUUCCCAUGUGUGGGAAGUUCUACCACACGGACUGCGUCAUGGCCUCCUCCACCAGCCAGCCGCAGGGAAAAGGCUUCCGCUGCUCCCUUCACGUCUGCCUGGCCUGCCACAUCGCCAACCCCCUCAGCCUCUCCAGCUCCAAAGGUCGUCUGGCCCGCUGUGUGCGCUGUCCCGUGGCCUACCACGCCAACGACAACUGCAUGCCCGCCGGCAGCCUGGUGCUGGCCAACAACAGCUUCCUCUGCCCCAACCACUUCACGCCACGCAAGGGCUACAAGAACCACGAGCACAUCAACGUCAGCUGGUGCUUCGUCUGCUCUGAAGGGGGAAGUCUCUUGUGCUGUGAAUCCUGUCCAGCUGCGUUCCACCAGGAGUGUCUGAACAUCCAGAUGCCCCAGGGCAGCUGGUUCUGCAACGACUGCAAGGCCGGGAAGAAGCCGCGCAUCAAGGACAUCCUGUGGGUGAAAUGGGCUCGCUACAGAUGGUGGCCGGCUGAGGUCUGCCUGGCCAAAGACGUCCCGGAGAACACCCUACGGAUGAAGCACGAGGUGGGAGAGUUCCCCGUCCAGUUCUUCGGCUCCAAGGACUUCGUGUGGACCUACCAGGCGAGGGUCUUCCCCUACAUGGAGGGCGACACGCACAACAUCGAGAAGAUGGGCAAGGGCGCCGACGCCAUCUACAAGAAAGCCCUGUCGGUGGCCGCGGAGCGCUUCAGAGAGCUGACGGCGGAGAAGGAGAUGAGACAGCUGCAGGAGGACCGGAAGAACGACAAGAAGCCCCCGCCCUACAGGCACAUCAAGGUGAACCGACCAAUCGGCAAGGUGCAGAUCAUCACGGCGGACCAAUCGGAGAUCCCGCGCUGCAACUGCAAGGCGUUGGACGAGAGCCCGUGUGGCGUGGACUCGGAGUGCAUCAACCGCAUGCUGAUGUACGAGUGCAGCCCCCAGGUGUGUGUGGCCGGGGAGCGCUGCCAGAACCAGGCCUACACCAAGCGGCAGUACUCCCCCGUGGAGAUCUUCAGGACGCUGGCCCGGGGCUGGGGCCUCAGGGCCAUCCUCGACAUCAAGAAGGGAGCCUUUGUGAACGAGUACGUCGGGGAGGUGAUAGACGAAGAGGAGUGUCGCGCCAGGAUCCGCCACGCGCAGGAGAACGACAUCUGUAACUUCUACAUGCUUACACUGGACAAGGACCGGAUCAUCGACGCGGGGCCCAAGGGGAACCAGGCGCGCUUCAUGAACCACUGCUGCCAGCCCAACUGUGAGACGCAGAAGUGGACGGUGAACGGGGACACCCGGGUGGGGCUGUUCGCCGUCCAGGACAUCCCCCAAGGUGUGGAGCUGACCUUCAACUACAACCUGGAGUGUCUGGGCAACGGGAAGACGGUCUGCAAGUGUGGAGCCCCAAACUGCAGCGGGUUCCUGGGGGUCCGGCCCAAGAACCGGCAGUCGGCGGAGAAGCUCAAGCUGAGGGAGGGCAAGAAGAAGCUCCCCAUGAAGAAGAAGAGCAAGCCGGAGCUGACCAAGGAGAGGGAGGACGAGUGCUUCAGCUGCGGGGACGCCGGUCAGAUCGUGUCCUGCAAGAAGCCCGGCUGUCCCAAGGUGUACCACGCAGACUGCCUCAACCUGGCCAAGAGGCCGGCAGGGCGGUGGGAGUGUCCCUGGCACCAGUGCGACGAGUGCGGUAAAGAGGCGGCCUCGUUCUGCGAGAUGUGCCCCAGCUCGUACUGCAAGGAGCACCGUGACGGCAUGCUGUUCAUCUCCAAGCUGGACGGCAAGCUGUCCUGCAGCGAGCACGACCCCUGUGGCCCGGACCCGCUGGAGCCCGGGGAGAUCCGCGAGUACACCGCCCCGGUGGCCCCCGCCGCCAUGGGCCCGUCUCCCUUCCCUAAAGCGGGGGCUCCUCCGGGGCCCGGGUCCGCCGCCGACGCCGACGCCAACGCCGCCGCUCCCCAGCCCGCCGUGGGAUCGGCCGCCGGAUUGGCCGUCGCGGCCUCGGCCAAGCCGCUCCCCCCUCCCCGUCUCUACAUCAACACCAAGACGGCGACCUCCAGCUUCCUGCCCACCGGCCGCGCCCACGGGUCAGACGGCUCAGAGGGGCCCGUCUCGUCCCCCGAGGGGUCCUCCAAGGGCCCGGGCGACGAGGAGGACGAGGACGAGGAGGAGGAGGAGGAGGAGGAGGUGGAGGACGAGGAGGAGGAGGAGGUGGAGGACGAGGAGGAGGAGGAGGAGGAGGAGGUGGAGGUGGAGGACGGGGAGGUGGACGAGGAGGACGAGGAAGGGGACGGCGGUGAGGAGGAGGACGACGAUGAGGAUGAUGAGGAAGAUGAGGAGGAGGAGGAGGAUGAUGAUGAUGAUGAUGACGCGAUGGAGAUUGUGGAGGACGAGGAGGACAAUAAUCCACAGUACGGUGGGAAGGAGGAGGAUGAGGAUGAAGAUGGGGAGGUAUACAACUCAUGGGAUGAUUAUGUGGAGGGUGAGGAAGACGACGGUGAGGUGGAGGCAAGUGAUAUGGGCGAAUGGGGGAGGGUUGAGGAUGAGUGACAGUUGCCGAGCCCAUCCAUCCAUCCAUCCAUCCGUCCAUCCAUCCACCCACAGAUCUCUUCCUUUGACUGAAGUUGACCAAGCAUUCCUAAGAAAUGACAUCAGCCACGACGCGCCGUAGACAUUUUAUUUUGGAGGAGGGACAAGGAUGGGGGUAGGGACGAUGGCUGAGAGACUUUAUCCACUUGGUACUGAAGUUGAAUGCAACACUGCCUUCAUGUGGGGGUGCUGCGCAGCCUUCCGGCCCCCCCCGGGUCGGAGACCUCGGGGGUGUACUGGUGCUAUAGCCCGAGGACUCGCCCCAUCGGCCCGUUUAUACUAACUGUUGAUAUGCUUAUUUCUGUCUGGUGCUGUCAUGUUGUUUGUUUUUUUUUCUCAAAAAGUUGUUUACAUUUUUUUGUUGCCUUUUUUUUAUGUUCGGAGUACAAAAAAAAUUAUGAGAAAACCUCAACUUGUCACUUACUGUCAUCACAUGGCCAUCCUAUCAUGUCGUUUUUGACUUGUCUUUUUGAGUACAAGUGUCGUCAGAAUCAUGUUUUUCAUCGUUCAAUGUUAAAACUGAGAGGUAACAACUGCUUGGUUCAUACAAGGAUGGGUGAGAAUAAACCAUUUAAAUACAAAUUUAAUGUAAAAUGUUGUUUUUCCAGGAGGAGUCAACAAACCAGUAUGUUUCGAACAGCUCAGGCAGGCCAGUGAUUGCUGCAGGACACAGUGCUUAAUGAUGACACUAUAGCUAACGAUGCAGACAUUGUCGUGUUGCUAUGGGAACGAUUUAAGAGGGAAUGGUUUUUGAAACAGGAACCUCGAUCUCUGUUCAACACUAAUUACCUGGCGUUUGGUUCGGAGCACUGUUGAAAUACAAUUCUUACAGAUUCAGAAAUCAGCAGUUCCAUCAUAAGCAGUCUCUUCAUAAGCAAGUGUCGUUGUUUUUUAAAUAACCCAAAUUUCCCUGGAUCCGAUUUAUCUCACAUGGCGGUCAGUUUUCUAUAUCUACUUUACAGAUAUCCUUGUACUUAAAUUCAACAAUUUGAACGAUUUGAAAUCUGUGAUAUGGUGCUGGAAUCCCUUUGCCACAUAAUCCAAGAAACUGCAGCCAAAUAUAGAUUGGCCAAAGCAAGCACUGGGCGACGGGAUAGCGAAGAGUGGAUUAUUGUACUUCUGUCCAGGCAGCUGCUCCAUCAGGUUGUUGACUUGUGUUUUCCUAGCUGAGCGUCUUUCAGAUAUUUUGUCGUGCUUUAAGUUGUAUUUGGUCAUGUCUGCUUUGGUUUUGUUCUCAAUCCAUUUGAGUAUAAAGUAUUAUUUAUUUCUGAUGGGAAAGUCAUGGUUAGUUUACCUUUUUCUUUUUUUUAUGGCUGUGGUGGCCAUGUAGAUGAUAAUCUGUGUUUUUCAGUCAUCUACUUGGACACAAACUUUUGUCUCCAACAAAAACGGUUUUAGAAAGGUAUUAAAUAUGGUCAAGGGAUUUCAAACCAAUGUCAAAGCAGUGGAAAUGGGAUUUGAAUGUCAUUGUAAAAAAGAAAGAAAA